GGCACGCUGGGAAGGGGACUCCAAAAUGGACAACCACCGGGAUGCUCCAGGCAAGGCCAGCCGCUGGUUCGGGGUGUCCCAGUCGAAGGCAGCCAAGACGAGCGUGAACAUCCUGCAGCAGGAGGAGCUCAUCGCCCAGAAGAAGCGGGAGAUCGAGGCCCGGCUGGAGCAGCAGGCGAGGCAGAAUUCCCUGAGCAUCCCCCAGCUCCCCCUGCUCGGAGACGACGAUGGCUCCGAAGGCGACGCCUCCGUGUCCAACAAGUUCGUGAACGACGGGAGUUUCCUGCAGCAGUUCCUCAAGCUCCAGAAGGAAAAGUCGAGUGCUGGUAGGUCCAUCCCGAGCUCCAGGCUCUGCUCCUGCCUAAACCCCUGCUAGGAAGUUCUGAGGCGAUGAUUAUCCCUGAAAAUCGGGGUCAAAGUCUGCAUUUGGGAUGCUCCAGGAAGGUUUUUCCCCCUCUUUCUUUUCACCUUCCCUGUGCUGUGAAGUCGAGCAGUUCUCUCCUGGCUCGAAUCUCGCUUUGUGAAAAGUCAUCAGCGGGGUUUUUUUCUGGCUUCUAUUUUAAAUUAAAUUAAAUUUGAAUUAAAUGAAUAAUAACAAAUUAAA